AUGAAGAUUAUAGAAGAAAUAAAAAAUCAAGUGGAGCAGGAAAUGAAAAAGAUGAUUGGGAAAUGCAUUGAAAAGAGAUAUGCAAAACUAACAGAUAAACUAAAAUAGGAGUUCAUUAUAAAGGUUAUGCAAGGGGGAUAAACUAUUAGAUAGGCAUCAAAAGACUUAUGUAUAAAUUAUUCAUCUGCAAAAGCAAUAAUAUCAAAUUAUAGAAAAUCUAUUGGUGGUGGAAAACAGAAAUACAAUUUGGAACCAAGAUAAGUUAAAGUGAAUGACAAAUAUGACUGGAAGAAAUUUAAAAUUUUGACAUACUGUGAGGAAACACAAACUAAUGAAUACACGAUGGAAACUUUUGCAUAGAACAUCAAGAAAUCAAAUUAAGACAAAGUAUUAAUAUGA